AUGGAACGUGAUGGUGAAGGAGAAAGAGAUCAUCGCAGUGUUCGAUCGGUUUUACCCAUUGGGUACGUGAGACGAUUGAGUGGAAGGAUGGGGGCGAACUCGAAUAGCAUCUGCAAUGCUGGGUCUCCUCGUACCGGCCAGACGUCCGGCACGAUGGAGGAAGAAAGCCUGAGACUGAUUUGCCGGGUUCCACGAAGAACUACGCCUGAGAAAAGGCAUUGGUCACAAAUUCUGAUUUUGAUGAGCGUGCAAGAUCAGAAAAUGACAGCUUCGAAGACUUAUGGUGUUAUCAGACAAACUGAAAAAGAUAUAUACGUCAAUGCUGCGCCUGGAAGUUCAAACGGUGCUCCCAGGACAUUUAGAAUGUGUGUCGGCACCAGCCGCAGGAACGUGUCAAGGAACUCAACGUGCCAAACGCCUAAAUGCCGAGGAAAUGAGGGCACGAGUAAUGGGUUCCUUCACUUCUGUAAUGACAAGGGAGAGAACAUCGGGGCCCUGGAGAUCAGGAUUAUCGCCGGUCAAAGGUCGGGGAUUUAA